UUUGACCGUUUCUGUUCGAAGAUAAAUGCAAGAAAGAAGCUGUUAUUGUUAGGCUUGUUUAUGGCUGUCUUGAACGAGUGUGUGUGUGUGUGUGUGUGUGUUUAAACUGUGUGUUUCCUAUCGAAUAGCAAAACCUCAUCUUACUUUUUCUAAAUCUGUGAAAAGAUGAUUUUAUGGUCGGCUGUAGUCUAUAGUUACUGUGUGUUUGGACCGAUAGAAAGGAAUAGACAAACAAUGCUGGGGAAAUUACUUUUAACAAUGUGUUACAAUAUUGAGUUAUUCCCUAAAAUAACUAAUUUCUUUACUUAGUUACUUUUUGUAGAAAGUAAUGUUACUUUUGUGUUACUUUUUCUCACCUGGGCUGCAUGCUUUUUUAUUUUGUAGUAAGAAAGUUCUAUUUUUGGCAAACAUAAAGGACUUUCAUUACAACAGUGAAAUGAAUAAGUCAUGAAAGUCAUUCUAAAGUCAAAUGUAAGUCAUUUUUGUAUGGUUGAAUUUGAUCAUUGAAGGUCAGCAGCAAAGACAUCGGUUAAUAAAGUGAGAUUAAAUACAUAAAGAAUAUUUGUAUUAUUUAACAUUUAAUUAUUGCUGGUUUGCAUAAUAUUUUAAGUUUGUAUUUCACUGUUUUUUAUUAAUUUUGAUGAAUAUGAAUCUGUUUUUGUGCAAGAUGAAUAAAUGUCUGCUCACAUUUAGUCUAGAACUACAGUAACCAUCAUGUUCACACAGCGAACACACGCCUCUGAGCUUACUCUGAAUCAGAAAGAGCUUUAUUGCCAGGCAUGCUUACGCAUACAAGGAAUUUGUGUUGGUGACAGAAGCUUCCACAGCACAGACAGAAUAACAGCGACAAGACAGAUGAUAAGAAUAAAAUAAGCCGAGUGGAGGCAUUUAACUCUUCAUGAGGAAGAUGGCUCGAGGGAAGAAACUUUUCUUGUGCCUGGUUGUUCUGGUGUUCAGUUCUCUGUAGCGCCGACCAGACGGCAACCGUUCAAAGAGGAAGUGGUCUGGAUGUGAGGAAUCCAGAGUGAUUUUGCCAGCCCUUUUACUCACUCUGGAUGAGUACAGUUCUUGGAGAGUGGGGAGGGGUGUUCCGAUUAUUCUACCAGCAGUCCGGACUAUCCGCUCUAGUCUUCUGAGAUCUGAUUUGGUAGCUGAGCCGAACUAGACAGUUAUAAAAGUGCAGAGGAUUCAAUGACUACAGAGUAGAAGUGUUUCAGCAGCUCCUGUGGCAGGAUGAACUUCCUCAGCUGGCGAAGGAAAUACAGGCUUUGCUGGGCCUUUUUCACGAUGGAGCCUAUGUGAGUAUCCCACUUCAGGUCCUGAGAGAUGGUGGUGCCCAUGCUCCAUGCUGUUCAUGAUGCUGAGUGGGAAUAAUGCUGGGGGGUUUCUCCUCCACAAUCAUGUGUGUUCAGCUCCAGGUUGUUAUGACUGCACCAGACAGCCAGCUCUUUUUAGCUCGAGGUGUAGAUGAAUGCGUGGAGAGAAGGUCAGAACAGGUGUGGGGUGUGAGACAGGAUUUUUCAAAUCCGCAGUAAAACUCAUUCAAAUCAUCGGCCAGUCGUUGAUUCUUAUAGUUAGUGAUGUCUUUCAGGCCUUUCCACACUAAUGCAGGGUCGUUGGCUGAAAACUGUUUUUUCAGCUUUUUAGAGUAGUUCCUCUUAGCCACUCUGAUCUCCUUUGUCAGUGUGUUUUUGGCCUGAUUAUACAAGACUCUGUUCCCGUUCCUGUAAGCAUCUUCUUUGGCCUGACAAAGCUGUCUGAGUUUUUCUGUGAACCAUGGUUUUUUGUCAUUGUUGUAGGUUAAAUGAGUUCCUAGUAGGGAAGCACAUAUCAUCACAGAAAGUGAUGUAUAAUGUUACAGUAUCAGUGAGUUCUUCCAGAUCAGUGGCAGCAGUUUCAGAAACACUCCAAUCAGUGCAGUUGAAACAGGUAAUGUUGUAAUGCCUGCUCUGUUUCAUUGGUCCAUCUCUUUACAGUCUUUACUACAGGUUUAGAUGAUUAACAUUUCUGCCUGUAGGUCAGUAUAAGAUGAACCAGACGGUGAUCAGAGAGCCCCAAAGCUGCAUGUGGAACAGAGUGAUAUGCAUCCUUUAUUGUGGUGUAACAGUGGUCCAGUAUAUUACUGUCUCAGGUGGGACAUGUAAUGUGCUCUCUAGGCAGUUCACGGGAAAGAUUUGCUUUAUUAAAGUCCCCAAAAUUAUUAUAACAGAGUUCUUCAACGCUGUUACAUCUGUACUCCACCUUUCGUUGAUGUAGAAGCAUGUCCUGCCGCCGCGCAAUUUCCCCGCUGAUUCCGCAUCUCGCAAUCUGCUCUGAACAGCUGGAAGCUUGGCAGAUGUAGCACGCUAUCCGGGAUGGCUUCAUUCAGCCAGGUUUCUGUGAAACACAAAGCAGCAGAGUUCAAGAAGUCCUUAUUUAUUCAGGUCAGAAGAAGAAGUUUGUUCGUUUUAUUGGGUAGGGAGCAGAGAUUUGCCAGAUGGAUACUAGGCAGCGCGGUCCUAAAGCCACGUUGUCUGAGCUUGACUAGCACGCCGGCUUGCUUUCCAGGUUUGCGCGUCCUGGAGCGCUUCAGCAGCAUCGCUGCUCCUCCAACUAUAAUGUCCAGAAAAACAUCAGAAUAAUCAAAAACUGGUGAAAGAUCGGGCGGUGUGUACGUCCCUGGUGAAACUGAUUGUAGAAGAAUAUCAGCGGUAGCUCACGAUUCUCUCAACAUGAGGACAGGAGAGAUUUCAGUCAAUACAUGGGAAAACAAAGUGACUUGCGUUACUAACUUGAAAAAGAUAUUUUGUUGUGGAUUUAAAAAUUGGUUGCUUUACUAGUUACUUGAAAAAAGUAAUCUGAUUACAUAACUCUUGUUACUUGUAAUGUCUUUCGUGUCGAUUCAAAGCACCUUUCAAAGCCAAAUCUCAGCUCUCAAAGUACUUUCAAAGUAUUUUCAUACAGGAUCAGCACACACACACACAAACAAGAAAAAUAAGAUAAACACAACAGGAUAAAAUUAACAUUCAGCAAGAUGACGGUGAAUGGAUGAAUGUGAACAUGAAGAUCAAAGCAGAAGUGUUUCUGAUGAUCGUCUCGUCUCUCGGUCAGUAUGGACGCGUAUGAGGCGAGGAGUUGUCUGGAUGUGAUCACGGAGGAGCUGAGCGAGGAGGAGGAGGCCGCUGAUGAAGAUGCAUUUGUGAUGGUGCAGGACUCACACUCACCUGAUGCCUUCUGCUCUCAGUGCCGCACACUCACACACACCGGCGCCGCGGCACACGCGUGUCACACGCUCCUCACGCUCGGCACCGCCGCGCAGCAGAUGAAGGAUGAACUGUCCCGAAGCAGGAGCAAGCUGAGCGAGAAGAUCGUUGAGAUGGAAAACUUUGCCAGUAACCUGGAGGAGAUUUUCAUCACUGUGGAGGAGAACUUUGGGCGUCAGGAGCAGAACCUGGAGCAGCACUAUAACGAGGUCCUGCAGACGCUUUCACAGAGAAACGAUGUGCGAGCAGCGGCGCUGGACGAGCAGAAGAACCGCAAGCUGGAGCGUCUGUACAGUGAGCUGCUGCAGUGCGGCCGAUCACUGGACGCGUCCAAAGAGCUGAUCGAGAGCGCACAGGAAGUUCACCGCAGACAAGACAAACGUGCCUUCCUGCAGGCUGUCAUGCCAGUUAUUAAGAGAGUUGAGCAGUUUUCCAGUACGGAAGUGGAUCUGAAGCUGGGAGUGUCUCUGGACUUUGAUGUGCCGACGACGGAUCUGUCCGAUGUCAGACAGAUGAUGGACUCCAUAAACGUGCUUCCAGCUCCAUCAGCUCCAGUCAUGAACCCUCAGAUCUGUAACUCGGCCACUGACACGUCGUUGCACGUGUGCUGGAGUCUGUUUUCGGACGACACCGUGGAGUUCUACGAGCUUCACUGGCGUCUGAUCUCGGACGACUGCACCAUGGAGACGCCGCAGGACGUGUCUCAGCUGAAGGUGAAGGAGACGCACUGCACAGUGUCCGAUCUGCUUCCUAACGCACAGUACGAGCUCUGGGUCACGGCCACCAACACCACCGGCAUCAGCCCGGCCAGUGAGAGAGCCGUUUACAUGACGGUUCCCUCUCCUCCUGUCAUCAAGCCACGGCAGUGUGUGAGCAGCCUGGACGCGGCCCUGAUCCGCUGGGACUCUGGAAACACGAACCCUGUGGAGUCGUACACACUGGAGUUCAGAGAGAGAGACGCAGACGGCAGCGGCACUGCGACCGAGUCCAUCGUGGCGAUCCCGUCCUGCGAGUGUCUGGUGCAGCUGCAGCCGUGGAAACGCUACAUCAUCAGCGUCAGAGCCGUGAACAUCGGCGGCCCGAGUGAGAGGAGCGAACCCAUCGAUGUCUCCACCGCAGGUACGUUUUUCCACCUGUUGGAGGAUACGGCACAUCCGAGUCUGUCGCUGUCAGCCGACGGCCUCACCAUGUUCUACCUGGAUGAAGAUCUUCCUCUCAGUCACAUGACCUUCAGUGACAGCACCUUCGCCAGGUGUGUUGCGGUUCUGGGGGACCUGGUGCCCAUCAGAGGGCAGUAUUACUGGGAGAUCGAGGUGGACGAAGAUACAGAGUUCCGCGUGGGCGUGGCAUACGAGGACACGCAGCGCAACUCCUACCUGGGCGGGAACAACACGUCCUGGUGCAUGAGACACAUCGUCACGCCGUCCAGGCAUAAAUACGAGUUCCUGCACAACGGCUGGACGCCAGACAUUCGCAUCACGGUGCAGCCGCUGCGGAUCGGCGUGUUUCUGGAUUACGCGGCUGGAAUCCUGUCCUUCUAUAACGCGGCGCUGCGGCAGCACCUGCACACCUUCAGCUGUCACUUCCUGCACUACCUGCACCCCUGCUUCGCCCUGGACAACCCCGGAGCGCUGACGCUCUGCACCGGCCUGUCGGCACCCGCGUACGUCACGCGCCCGUGA